GGGAGGGCCAGGAGGACCCCGGCGUCCGGGCCAUGCUCCGCGCCGUGGCCGGCAGCCGCAUCCCCGUGCAGAGCCAGCAGAAGGACGAGCCCGACUUCACGGAGCGGGAGAAGGUGGCCAUCCUGGGCCGCCUCUACCGGGACAAACCCCUGGUCUUCCUGGAGCGGUUCCGGAGCAUCCUCCGGGAGGAGCACCUGGCCUGCUUCCAGCACCUGCGCGGGGACUACCGGGCCGAUUUCUACUGCGCCGAGGUGCUGCGGGGGAGCGCCGGCAGGGACCGGGCCUCCCGCACCCGGCUGAGGAACAGGCGAUACGCAGCCCUGCAGGAGCUCAUCCGGGGUGGGGAGUACUUCAGCGAUGAGCAGAUGCGAGCCCGGGAGCCCCUGCUAUAUGAGCAGUACAUUGGACAGUACCUGAGUGAGGAGGAGCUGGCUGCCCGCUCCCCAAAGACCCUGGCCCCCGAUGGCUGCCCUUUGGCGGACCUGCUCCUCCAGUCCUAUCAGGAGGGGGUGCUGCAGCGAAGGCUGCUGCAGCAGCAGGAAGAGGAAGAGGCCUGCCUGGAGGAGGACGAAGAUGAGGAGGAGGAAGAUGAGGAGGAGGAGGAAAAUUCCAGGCCCGGACAGGAGGAGGAGGCCUGGGUCCCUGACUCAGAAGAGAAGGUCAUCCUGAGGGAGGAAUUCACCAGCAGGAUGCACCAGCGCUUCUUGGAUGGCAAAGAUGGCGACUUUGAUUACAGUAAGGUGGAUGACAAUCCGGAGUUUGACAACUUGGACAUUGUGGCUCGGGAUGAGGAAGAACGCUAUUUUGAUGAAGAGGAACCCGGGGAGGCGCGGAGCACAGAGCCGGAAGAGGACUGGGACCGGGGCCCCCACUUGUCUCCCACCCAGGAGGGGGCCCGGUGCGCUGGCCGUCGGCCCCCAACAGGGGGCGCCCUCUGCUAGGCACAGCCUUCCCCCACCUGUAACAUGACCGAUGAGGAACCGAGGCCUUUGGUGCUUCUGUGGGCCCCCAGGGCAGCACCCUGGAACCCCUCACUGUCUGCUCUCCCCCAUGAGCUCCCUCCUCCUUUCAGGCCCCUGAGCCCCAUCUUUGUCAAGCUCACCCUGUCAGGCACUCAGAACAGAACUGGCCUCCUGAGGAAUGGAGUUUGCUAAAAGAGGCCAGCCCCCAGCUCCCCUCUAGUCCCAACCACAGCCACAACUUUCCCUUCCUUCACUUCCUCCUGCCCUGUUUACGCUCCCCAAAUACUUGCAGCCUGUUAUCA